GUUCAGGAAGGCAGUCCCAAUCGUGAAAGAUGGGCCUGCAUCCUGUUGAAUGGAGGGGACCGAAACUGGAGGGCUUAACACUGGACUUAGGCGACCUCACGCCUUUACCGACAGAUCUGGCUAUCAACAACGCAUUCUACAGCUCUGUUCAGGAGCAGGGUGGAACACAUUCUAGACUGGACUUGCUACCUGUGACAGAUGGCAUUGUCUAUCAUCUCCAAGGCCAUCUGGGAAGAAACUUUCAUCCUCAUCUCCCAAGCAGCGCUGGCUUUCAAAAUCACCAUCACGUUCAAGGAGAGUCCAGAGUGGAUAUGAGAAUACGGAGAGAUGCUCCUCAGAGUCCUCUCCAAGGUCAAUCUGCCAGAUCUGAGAACUGCCAUGUACUAGGAGGGGACCACAUGCCUCUAAGGCACAUUCUUCCUGUCCAUCCAAUUGCUGGGGGUUCUGGUAGGAAGCAUGCUCGAGUACAGUCCUCAGGAGACCGGUGGAUGCCUGGCAAUCACAUUCUUCUCCCCCUUCUCCCAGGCAUUGCUGGGCCUAUGAGAGGCCGUGGGGACCUGGCACAGUUGAAACACGUGAACGUGAAAAUAGAGAAGGUAGAGCCGGAGGUUUCGACCCCACUUAUCUUACCACGAAGGACCGUAUCUUUGCCGACGGAUUUAACUCCCUUCGAAGAGUUCGAGGAUGUGAAAUCACCCCCUAAACCCUUGGCCAUGCCUGUAACCAUUGACUUGUCUGACACAGAGAGUGAUGGAUCAGUCAUCUGCUGGAAAGGGGAUGGAAUAGGUGAGCAGGUUGUCAGUAAGGACAUAGGUGUUCAAAGUUCUACAACUCCUUAUGUUACCGGAGAAAGCUUGCCAGAUCGGGAGAAUUCUAAUCAUCCUUCCUGCCACUUAAAAGCAAAGAAAGGCGGAGUUGGGAAAUACCCUGCCUGCCCAGUAAACCCUUUGAAACGCAAAUGCUCUGUGAUAGAUCUGGAUUCAAUCAUCGACUUGGAAGCACGGCAGGUGGAUUUUCGGGAAGCAGCAGAUCUCUCAGGCAGCGAAGAAUCUACCAUUACCAGGGGUUUUUCAGCCAACGGAUCACUGGUGAAGCAGCCAGAGUGUGCAGAGUUACCGAUGAGGAAAUCCUCCUCACAAGUCGAUGGGAACAGCGAUUCCCCGUCCCAGCAACUUGGCACGGUCACAGAUUUGCGGGAAUUGUCAGAUCUUCACAUAGAAGAUCUUGCGAAGGAAAGCGACCAACAGUAUGUGUUUGACUUCGCACAUGACACCGAUGGUGAGGCCCUGGAGGAGUUGAUGUUUGAUGAUGAUGAGGAACUUGAGCCCGAAUUUCUGCUUGGUGAUAACGGAGAUAUCGACCAGGAAUUUGUACUGUCCUCGUUCGAUACUCGCUGCGACGGAUUGAUUCCUAACCCGAAGGACUACCAGGAUGAGGUACCCUCCUGGUAUAUAUCGCAGUCAGAAGGGAGUGAAGAGUUGAAUCGGCGAUCUGCUCCUGUCAACACUGAACAAGAGACUUAUUUAGGGGCGGUCCACAGCAAGGUGAUUGAGCAGGGAAGAGGGAACGCCAUGCAGAUGUCACAGGCAACGAUUCCUUUUAGAGAUACGAAUCAUCAGUUGGUCCCUCUUAGUGAUCGUUGGGGGCAGGCCACUUCCGAGGUAGCUGCGCAGAACCCACAACAGGAGCCAUCGCAACCCGCUAGAACUGAUCUCAAUUUAAGUAUUUAUUGUGAGACUUUGCCCAAUGACACAGCAGACGCUGUACAAGCUCUCUGCAAAUUUGUGCAAGCUUCUAAUGAUAGAGGAGUUUUCCAGCCGCCUCCAACUUCUAUCGGUAUGACCGCGCAGGUUGCUUCUCAAGAUGCUGCGACUUGGACACCGAAUUCAGUCGUGGACAGUGUCAGUGUUGCUCCUAGUGUUGCCGAGAGAGAUGUAGUUGCUGAGAAUGGAGCAGUGACUGUACGCUCCAAUGCAAAGAAUGACGUCUUGGUUCCAAAACCAGAGCCUGUGGAAUUUGACAAGCAUGGAGUAACUAAUAUAACUCCAGCUGAACCUUUAAAGAGAGAAUGGCCUGAAAACAAUGCUGUGGGACCUGUAGUGGACAGCAGGGACACUGUCAUCAACGCCUUAAAAAUGUUCGAGCAGGGCAGGGUGCAAAUGUUGCAAGAGCAGGUCAAUGCAGACCCGAAUGGAAAGCGUGUCAGAGCAGAUUUGAAGGUGGCUUGUAGCAUGAGGAAGGCUGGAUUUUGGCAAAACGAGAGCAGACCUAUCGGGGAAUGUCCGGGUGUGAAAGUCGGAGAUUGCUUUACGUAUAGGAUUGAAAUGGCCAUUAUUGGUCUUCAUAGGGCAGUGCAGGCAGGUAUCGCCGUGGUGUCUGCUGAUUAUUGCCGAUAUCGAAAACCUGUGGCAGGGAGUGUGGUCAUUGGUGUCAACGAUACUUACAAGGACGAUAAGGACAUGGGCGAGACUGUUGUGUAUAGCGGGCAAGGAGGCUUAUGCGCGGACAAGUCUGGCACAUACCAAGAUCAGAAACUGGUGAGGGGAAAUCUGGCUCUUUCAAACAGUUAUGAACUAGGCCUUCCCGUUCGACUCAUCAGGGGUCACAAAAUCCAGGGCACCAGUACUGGGAUACUCUACAGCUACGACGGGCUGUACAAGGUGAUACACAUGAAUUAUGACGUCGGUGUCCAUAAGAACAUGGUAUACACGUUUCAUCUGCAGCGAAUACCUGGUCAGCCUCCCAUUCAUCCUCCAAAUGUUGCUUCUUUGUUGUAUCCAGCCAACGUUGUGGCCUAUCCAAUGCCUCUGAACUCCCAUGCCAGUCUACCUUCAAGCUCACAGGUUCCUCAAAGCGGAGGACAGGACUGGAUAGGAGAAGCUAUGAGGUCACAAGGUGUGUCAUUUCAGCCUUCGACUUCGCAGACUCCCAAUUUCGGAGUUGGGUCUUGGACAGGACACUCUCCGAGUUCACAACCUCCUCAGAGUCAAAAUGUGGAGUGGACGAGAUCACAACCUCCUCAGAGUCAAAAUGUGGAGUGGACGAGUUCGCAACCUCCUCAGAGUCAAAAUGUGGAGUGGACGAGUUCGCAACCUCCUCAGAGUCAAAAUGUGGAGUGGACGGAUGAGUACGAGGAGAAGCCCACGCUCUAUUUACUACCGCGUAGUAAUCAGCCUUAGUUACAUGGAGCAGAUGUCAUUAACCCUUAGAUCUCAGUGUAGGAAACUUGUAUAUUGAGGCGACCUGGUUGCUUACUCUCACAUGCAUUUUUGACAGGUCUGGUGGUGUAGGUAGAUUUGGGGGGAAACAUUAGAUCCCUCAACUUCAGAUUUGGCGUCUUAGGAGUACUUUUGUAAAUCCUUGUGUACAGUCUGCUCUCAAGAGCCAUGAAUUACUUGCAAGUACCAAUCAUCCGCUAACUGGACAUGAAUCAAAUCGAUAUCGAAUGUAUUCUUUUGAAGUAUUUUGGCAAUUUUUUGAUUGGAAGCUCCG